CCAGCCAAACCAGCCUUUCUUGCCCAGUGUAUCAUGUUUUGCUCUCCCUGGCGACCUUCGCACAUGCUUCCUGCUUUUACUUCAUAUUGUCUACUCAUUCGUCAGAGGUCAUCAGUUCAAACCUCCUGUCGCUCCCCCACCCCACCCUCAGCUUUGCCAUAACAGACGGUAGUUUUGAGUUAACUGUGAACUACUUAGUGCCCUAUCUCCCUCUGAAUAGGGACCACACAUCUUGUUCAUCACCAUGGCACAAAAGGCGCCUAGAGCUGAACGUGGCACAGAACAGGUCCUCCAAGCGUAUGUUAACUCAUACUUAGUCACCAACAGAUGUUCAGCCCUUCGUGGUUGUCAUAGAGGUUUUCUGAGCCUGGGAAACACUGUAGUGUGCUGUCCAGUGUUUAGUCAACACUAAAGAGUUGAGAUUCCGGCUGCUAGCCAUGUUAGUGUUCACAAAAAGCCUUUAGCUGUCAGCUGCUCCAGAUAAGGAGCCUUCUUGGCUCCUGUUGCGCCUCCUGCCAGGAGACACUAUUCCAGUGAUUGACAGGCGACAGUGUAAAAGGUCUGCUAUCUUGGAGUCUGCUGGGUGAACCAAUAGACUAUCCCCAAACCUCCUGCCCUGCAGGAAUCCCAACCGCUGCAGACUCAGGCUCCUUUGUCUUCUCUGACCUCUCCAACUGGGUAAAACACUACAUUCGUUAACCUAAAGCUCGCACACAUCGUCCGGCUAUCACAGUGUUUUCCACCAUUUUCCUGUUACAGUCCGGUACUCCCAAUUCUAUCCUGUGUAUUCCCGUGAAGCAACUGAGGCUCAGAGUGGUAGAGCGAUCCCCCCAAGGCCAAGCACUAUCUAGAAGCUAAUCUCACACACAGAUUUUCUCCUCUCUUUCCCCAUUAAGUCGCUGCAUCCUGAGCAUGAGCGAGCAAAUUCAUAGAAGCGAAUUUUAGUCUCAGACUCAAGAAAACAGGAUCCUUGGAUGUUGAGCUGACCGGCGCAGAACAGCUAGGGAAACUGAGGUCCAGAGGCAGGACUCCGUGCCUGCAGAGGCGACCGCGAAGGGGGCGCGUCCUGCCCAGUGGGCCGCCUCCUUCCGCCCCCAACGCCGGGUCUCCCCUCCCGGUCUUUUCUCUCGCCAAGCCGCCACCUCGGAAGCGAGCCAUGGUUGCAGCCGUGGCGGCGGCGUGGCUGCUCCUAUGGGCCGCGGCCUGCGUGCAAUCCGAGCAGGACUUCUACGACUUCAAGGCGGUCAACAUCCGGGGCAAGCUGGUGUCGCUGGAGAAGUACCGCGGCUCGGUUUCCCUGGUGGUAAACGUAGCUAGCGAAUGUGGCUUCACAGACCAGAACUACCGAGCCCUGCAGCAGCUGCAGCGGGACCUGGGUCCCUACCAUUUUAACGUGCUUGCCUUCCCUUGCAACCAGUUUGGCCAGCAGGAACCAGACACCAACAGGGAGAUCGAGAACUUUGCCCGCCACACCUACAGUGUCUCUUUUCCCAUGUUCAGCAAGACCGCAGUCACCGGCUCUGGUGCCCACCCUAUCUUCAAAUACCUAACCCAGACUUCUGGGAAGGAGCCUACCUGGAACUUCUGGAAGUACCUCGUGGCCCCAGAUGGAAAAGUGGUGGGGGCUUGGGAUCCAACUGUGCCCAUGCAGGAGAUCAAACCCCGGAUCACAGAGCUGGUGGCAAAGCUCAUCCUUCAGAGACGGGAAGAGUUAUGACCGGAUUCCCGCUUCCCCUACCACUCCCAUCCCCUCAGCAAACUCAAGUGGUGCUUCACAGGCAGAGAGCCUGGGCUUCUCGUCUCUUCACUCACAGAGAGGAAAAAGUCUGAGACUUGGAUGAUUUGAAUCCAAGAGCAAGGAAUAGGAACUCCUGGCCAAUGAGAGUUCUGAACAGCCAGUCAUCGGUCAGUAGGCCGCCAGCCAAAGGAAACACGGCCAGGCUGUGAGAAGCCCUGGAGAAGGGGAUGAAGCAACCAUCUCCUAGCCAGGUUCUGUAAAGGGGAGCCAAGUCUUCCCUCACAGGAAGGUUGUGAGGAUUAGCAUCUAAUACCUGUGAACGUGCCUGGGGCAGUGCUGGCCAAAGAGGAAGCGUUCAGCACAUGUUCUCUGUCUAUAAACAAAGCAUUACUUGUGAUAAUAAAACUUGAACUCAACACAAAUUUCUAGCCAAUGGAAUUCUA